CGAAUGUAGAUUAGAUACGCAGUUUGAUUUUUUCUCCGACACGUAUAAGAAUUAUCUGUAUUAAAAAUGAGUUUUGCAAAUAAGGUUAUUCUAAUAACUGGUGCUAGUUCCGGAAUUGGUGCUCAUGCCGCUGUUCACUUGUCCAAAAAAGGUGCCAAUAUUGCUUUGGUUGGUCGUAAUAUCGAACGAUUGAACAAAAUCAGCGAUCAAAUAAAGAAUGCAAAUGCACCAACUCCACUGGUUAUUCGAGCAGAUAUUGUAACUGAUGCCGAGCGUAUUAUUAAUGAGACGGUGAAUCACUUUGGGAAAUUGGAUGUAUUGAUAAAUAAUGCCGCUAUUCUUUCGCGUAAUACAGUGGCACAUAUCGAAUUGGCUGAAUAUGACCGAAUCAUGAGAACCAACGUAAGAAGUGUCAUUGAAUUGACGAAAUUGGCGGUUCCACAUAUAGAAAAGACAAAGGGAAACAUACUAAACGUGUCCAGUAUAGCCGGUUUUCGUGUCAGACCAAAUUCACUGGCGUACAGCAUUUCAAAGGCAGCCGUCAAUCAACUAACAAAGAGCGCCGCAUUGGAUUUGGCACAAAAGGGAGUUCGAGUAAAUGCUAUAUGUCCAGCCCUAAUACGUACGCCAAUAUUUGAAACGGGUGAAAAUAUGUCGUCGCAAGAUGCAGAGGAAUUUUUUGAGAGUUGCAAGAAACUUUAUCCGGUUGGUCGUAUUGGCGAAUGUAGCGAUACAUCAGCUGCAAUUGAGUUCUUAAUUGGAGAUUCAGCUUCAUUCAUCACUGGCUCGUUGUUUCUUGUAGAUGGAGGCGGUCUUCUUCUACAUAAAUUGUAAAAUUCUUCGAAAAUUAUGUUCAAUAUCAUUUCUUGUUAUUUUACAUAACCUACAUGCAAAAAUUACAAAAGAAAAAGUAUAAAAAAGUCAUUUGUUUAAAUAGAAGAAAGAACUACAAACAGUUCCAAUAUUAUAAUCUUCCACCGAUAUCAUGUUAUCAAAUAAAAUGUUUAUUGCAACUGCAUAA